AUGAGCGCGCGCCGCGUCCGGGCCCGGUUGGUGCGCGAGACGCCGGGGAGAGGUUUUCACUUUCUCUUCUCUAGGUGCUCAGUGGCCAAAAUGGACAGAAAGAAGAGACCUGGGUGGCUGCCCUCCUGGGCCGUGGUGGCUGUGUUUCUGGCUAACCUGUUGGUGUUGACUGACACACUUGCAGUGAUGUCUGUGGAUCUGGGCAGUGAAUCAAUGAAGGUGGCAAUCGUCAAGCCUGGAGUACCAAUGGAAAUUGUCCUGAACAAGGAAUCUCGAAGGAAAACACCUGUGGUCGUAGCCCUGAAAGAAAAUGAGAGAUUCUUUGGGGAUAGUGCAGCAAGCAUGGCCAUCAAGAACCCAAAGGCCACAGUUCGAUACUUCCAAGACCUGCUGGGAAAGCGGACUGACAACCCACAUGUGGCACUUUACCGGACUCGAUUUCCUGAGCAGGAGCUGGGCACUGAUCCACAUAGGCAAACUGUGCAAUUCCAGCUGAGUCCGCAGCUACAGUUCUCUCCCGAGGAGGUGUUGGGUAUGGUUCUCAAUUACUCUCGUUCCCUAGCUGAGGAUUUUGCUGAACAGCCCAUCAAGGAUGUAGUGAUCACCGUGCCAGCCUUCUUCAACCAGGCUGAGCGUCGGGCUGUGCUACAAGCUGCCCGAAUGGCUGAUCUAAAGGUGUUACAGCUCAUCAAUGCCAACACUGCCACUGCCCUGAGCUAUGGAGUCUUUCGCCGAAAAGACAUCAAUGCCACUGCCCAGAAUGUGAUGUUCUAUGACAUGGGUGCAGGCAGUACUGUGUGCACCAUUGUCACCUAUCAGACAGUGAAAACCAAGGAAGCUGGGACCCAGCCCCAGCUGCAGAUCCGUGGAGUGGGGUUUGACCGAACUCUGGGGGGCCUAGAGAUGGAACUGCGACUACGGAAGCAUUUGGCAAAACUCUUCAAUGUGCAACGCCAGGGACAGGGGGCAAAGGAUGUUCAGGGAAACCCUCGAGCCAUGGCCAAGCUGCUUCGUGAGGCCAACCGGCUCAAAACUAUCCUGAGUGCCAAUGCUGACCACAUGGCACAGAUUGAAGGGCUGAUGGAUGAUGUGGACUUCAAGGCAAAAGUGACACGGGCAGAAUUUGAGGAGCUGUGUGCGGACCUGUUUGAGCGGGUGCCUGGGCCUGUGCAACAGGCUCUCAGCAGUGCUGAAAUGAACCUGGAAGAGAUUGAGCAGGUGAUCCUGGUGGGUGGGGCCACUCGGGUCCCCAAAGUACAGGAGGUGCUGUUGAAGGCUGUAGGCAAGGAGGAGCUGGGGAAAAACAUCAAUGCUGAUGAAGCAGCAGCCAUGGGGGCUGUGUACCAGGCUGCUGCCCUGAGCAAGGCCUUCAAGGUGAAGCCCUUUGGUGUUCGGGAUGCGACAGUUUAUCCUAUCCAGGUAGAAUUCACAAGAGAAGUAGAAGAGGUUGGCCCUCGGAGCCUGAAACAUAACAAGCGGGUCCUGUUUUCCCGAAUGGGCCCCUAUCCCCAGCGCAAAGUCAUCACUUUUAACCGCUACAAUGAUGACUUCCAUUUCCAUGUGAACUAUGGUGACAUGGGCUUCCUAGGCCCUGAGGAUCUUAGGGUGUUUGGCUCCCUGAACCUAACCACAGUGAAACUAAAAGGAGUGGGGGAAAGCUUUAAGAAGUAUCCUGACUAUGAGUCCAAGGGCAUCAAGGCUCACUUCAACCUGGAUGAGAGUGGUGUCCUGAGCCUGGAUCGGGUGGAGUCUGUAUUUGAGACAACAGUGGAGGACCGGCCUGAAGAGGAGUCCACUCUCACCAAACUUGGCAACACCAUUUCCAGCCUUUUUGGAGGUGGCUCUACUCCAGAUACCAAGGAGAAUGGGACAGACACUGUGCAGGAAGAAGAGGAGACCCCAGCUGAGGGGAGCAAGGAGGAACCUGGAGAGCAGGCAGAGCCCAAAGAGGAAGGCAAGGUUCCUGGUGAAGGGGAUUCUCAGCCCCCAAGCCCUGAGCCGGUCGAUGGCACAGCCCCUGAGGGAGAGGCUGCAUCAGAGAAGGGAGAUGCGGAAAAGGCUGAGGCCCAGGAAACCAGUGACCAAAGGGAGCAAGGGCAGGAGGGCAGAGCGCAGGCCCCUGAGGAGGAAAAGAAGCCAAAGGUGGCCCGGAAGCAGAAGAUGGUGGAGGAAAUUGGAGUUGAACUUUCUGUGCUUGACCUUCCAGACCUCCCAGAGGAGGAGCUGGCACGAUCUCUGCACAAGCUUCAGGAGCUGACACUUCGGGACUUAGAAAAGCAGGAAAGGGAGAAGGCAGCCAACAGUCUGGAGGCCUUUAUUUUUGAAACCCAGGACAAGCUCUACCAGCCAGAGUAUCAGGAGGUCUCCACAGAGGAGGAGCGAGAGGAGAUCUCUGUGAAGCUUAGUGCAGCCUCUAACUGGUUAGAGGAUGAAGGCUUUGGUGCCAGCACCAAGGAGCUAAAGGAGAAGUUGGCUGAGCUGAAGAAGCUGUGCCGGGGACUUUUUUUCCGUGUGGAAGAGCGGAAGAAGUGGCCUGAGCGGUUGGCUGCCCUGGACAGCCUCCUCAACCAUUCAAACAUCUUCCUCAAGGGUGCUCGACUUAUCCCAGAGAUGGACCAGAUUUUCACAGAGGUGGAACUGAGCACACUGGAAAAAGUCAUCAAUGAGACCUGGGCUUGGAAGAAUGCCACCCUGGCAGAACAAGCCAAACUCUCUGCUACGGAGAAACCAAUUCUGCUUUCAAAGGACAUUGAGGCUAAGAUGUUGGCUUUGGACCGGGAGGUUCAGUACCUGCUCAAUAAGGCGAAGUUUGCCAAACCCCGGCCUCGUCCCCGUGACCAGAACAAGAACCAGACUGACUCUGCACAAAAUCGUAGUGCUGGUGCCCAGGAGGAGAAAGUCAUUCCACCAUUGGAGGACGAUUCUGAGCCCAUUCCGGAGCCACCUGCUGCUGGGGAGAAGGCCAAGAUUCCUGACUUAGGGCUUGAUCUAGGAGAUGCCGAGCCUUUGGAGCUGAGUGGUCCAGGGUCAGAUUCAGAGCAGGAGCAGCCACCGCCAAGGCCACGGGAAACCCGGUCAAAUGACGAACUCUAGCUGUGCCCCCUCCCUAGUCAUCCCCUUCCUCCCAAACACCCCUAUUUAUUGUCUUUUGGGGGGAAGGGGAUGGGUCUUCCCCCCAAGGGUCCCUGAGGAGGAGAAUGAAGGAGCAGCCCCCCGUUCCCUUUUUUCUUCUUGGUGGGGGGGAGGCUUUGAGGGGUUAAAUUGGCACUGUGACCUCUUUCCCAGGCUCUGGCAACACAACACCUUGAAUGUUUCAAAAUCACCCGACCUUUUCUUGCUCUGCCUAGAGGUAGGUAGGGACUAGCAGGCAAAUAGGCCACAGAGAUAGGCAGGGUUCGAGGAUACAUCAGGAAAGACAGGGACUUCUGUGUGUACCCUUGGAGAUCAAGGUCUGCCUGGAAAGGGGUGAGGAGAGUUGAGGAGAGGGGUGUCUGAUCUUCCCCUCUGGAUCAUCCACCUUCUCUCCAAAUCUCCAUGGCCACUAAACAAAACGCUGUCCUGUGUGCACUUAUUUGGGGGGAGGCAAGGGAGACUAAAGGAGCCAGUGUCCUCUUGGUCACUGAGUUGGAUGUCUGGCUGCCUGCCUACCUGGACCCUAUUCUCUACUUCCUCAGCCACCCCCUCCCUCCCACCCCCAUGUUCUUUCCCCUAAAAAAAAUCAACCCUGUUGCAUUUGCUCCUGGGGGUUACUCAGUCUAAACCAGGGCUCUGUUCUCUUACCUGUGGCCUCACUUCCUAUUGGAGUUAGGAGGUGGAGCAUGGAUGGACUCAUCUGCACCUAGGACAUCCCUUGUAGUGAAGGCAGGGAGGCAGGAUGAGGGAGGUUACAAAUCCAGAAGUUCUGAUCUGAACAGGGCCUGAGCUCACUCCCGGGGGAGCAGAGACAGCAAAGCUGUUUGGGUUGUGGCUGGGGAGAUAAGGAAGAUAACUGGGGGGUGGUAGGUGUGGAGUGACAGCUACCAGCAGGUACCGUCCAUAUCUUGCUCUGUCCCUCUUAUGCCUCGGAUGAUCCAAUCACCCCUUCUGCCGCCGUCUCCCAGGCACAGCCUACCCCUGGGCAGAACAAAAUGUGCUUUCUACUGUGAGCCCUGGCUCCCUGGGUGGUGGGGGGAGAGGGCAAGGAGAUCGGGGCAGGAAUGCCAAAUGCCUUUGGUUCCUCCAGAACGUCCGAGGAGCCAGGAGGUGGAAGUAGGGGUGGUGGGUAAUAAGUCGGUUCCUUGAGGAGAGAAGAGGUGAAGGUUUUAGCUUCUGCUGUAGAUCCAGGAAUGGGAUCUCUUCCCUAUGGGGAAGCUUUCCCUGCUGGAGCCUAGCUCCAGGGUUCUGCAUCAGGGCUGGGGAAUAUUGCUCCACCUGGAGGGGAGCUAUGUUGUGUCUGUGUCUUUAUUUUUUUCUUUUCCUUUUUUUUUCUUUUUUGCCACAUUGGCAGAAACAGGGACCUCUAGUGGUCUUGCCUUCCCUCCCCUCCUGUGCAUUUUGGGUUCUUUGACUAGGAGUUGAGGCUGGUUGGACAGUUUUGAGUCAAAUUGUACUUUGAGACGUUAAUUGAGAAAUGGUUUCAAUAAAAUAUUCGCUUUUCUACAA